AUGAUUUCCUCUGUAGCGGGUUUAGUUGCUUUCUUUGCUUUGGCAACAGCACAUGGGGACCACAGCCAGUCUCAGCUCGCUGGACCUCACCAAGGUCUUUGGUACAAUACACUGCCAGGUGAUGGUGGCACGCAGGCCGACUCGGUAUUCUCCGGAAUCUCAACCUUCGGUCGUCUACCUUACUUCCCAUGUCUAUCCAGCGACGCCGAGAAAUACGACAUUGCGUUCUUAGGCCCGGAGCCAGAUUCGGCCCCAGUGGAAUCAGACAAGGUUCUCGCCGCCUCAAUCUCUAAAGGCUCACACAAGUCAAUGCAUGGCGAACACACAGGCUCACGCAAAUUGGGCUUCAGCGGAGGCUACAAUGUUCCAUUGCAGGCAAAUCCGUUCGUGAGCGAUUUGAAAAUUUUGGACUGCGGAGAUGUUCCAGUUACUUCAUACGAUAACGCCUGGGCUAUCAAGCAGAUCGAGGAAGGACACAACAGUAUUUUGAUGCGCAAGCCUUUUACCAAUGCAGAUAAACUCGGUCUUUCAAGGGCUGGGAAGACUCUUCCUCGAGUCAUCACCCUUGGUGGUGAUCAUACUAUCACACUGCCCCUGCUGCGGAGUAUCAAUAAGGCUUACGGGCCGGUGACGCCCAAGGUCUUCGGUGGCUCUCCCAGCCAGGUCGCUGCCAUUAACCACGGCACGUACUUCUACCAUGCCGCCAUGGAGGGUCUGCUAAAAAACGACACCAAUAUUCAUGCUGGCAUCCGUACGACCCUUUCCGGUCCAUCUGAUUAUGAGAAUGAUGGGUACUGUGGGUUUGAGAUUGUUGAGGCUCGCGAGAUCGAUACAAUUGGAACGGAUGGCAUCAUCAAGAAGAUUCGCGAUCGCGUUGGAACCGACAAUCCAGUCUAUCUAUCUAUUGAUAUCGAUACCUUGGACCCUGCCUUCGCCCCGGCUACUGGUACUCCAGAGACUGGAGGAUGGUCCACGCGCGAGUUGAGAACCAUUAUCCGCGGGCUUGAUGGCCUGAACUUCAUUGGAGCGGAUAUCGUCGAGGUGGCCCCGGCCUAUGAUACCAAUGCAGAGUUGUCGACAAUGGCUGCUGCCGAUGUCCUCUAUGAGGUGCUUACUAUCAUGGUGAAGAAGGGCCCGUUAUCGAUUGGCGAAGAAUCUCACGAGUUGUGA